AUGGAGGAAAUGAGAGUUUAUUCUGGAUUUUUGGGCAUGGAAAGGAGCAAGCGGGCAGGUCACAACAUGGAGAUGAAACCAGAGGCACGUGUUGCCUGUCAGGUGAUGCUGGCAGUGCUUUUCACUGCUCUGCUCAUGACAGCCACUGCUUUUGCAGCUGAGGCAGAUGCAAGACUUUUGGAAGCCACGGGGUGGAGGAUGAUGUCCCCACCUCAGAGAGGCGAGGGUAAGGUGCUGCUUGUUAAUGUUGUUCUAUUUUUAAUGACAGUGCAGGCUUUUCAGCCUUGUGCCCAGCCCUGCUUUCAGUGUCCCUUUGACUGGAUCAGGUACAGAGGAAAAUGCUACUAUUUUUCUGAGGUUGAGGGGAACUGGACAUCCAGCCAGGACAACUGCUCAGCACUUGGUGCUUCCUUGGCCAUGCUGGACAACAUGGAGGACUUGAACUUUGUGAUGAGAUACAAAGGCAUCUCAGAACACUGGAUUGGUCUUUUGCGGGAGGACGAGGAGCAGCCAUGGCAAUGGGUGAACCGCUCACCUCUAUCUCACCCGUUUCCGAUCCAUGGUAGUGGGCUCUGUGCUUACCUGGAUGACACUGGGCUCAGCUCCUCCCACUGCAGCACUGAGAGGAGCUGGAUUUGUAAUAAACAUGAGCUGCAGAGCUCAGGCAAAGGCAACAGGAUGAGACGGCCUCCAAACCUCUGUGUCAGCUCCUUGGGUGCUGCAGGAAGGCCUUCUCACUCCCAGAUAUCUAGUGGAUCAUAGGGACAUGAAAGAAAAUCUCAAAAAGGUUUUGAAUCCCCUGGGGAAGGGGUUACUGGGGUUUCCAAGGGAUUAACAAGUGUUUCUGGGACAAGGCAGCCUUUGGGGAUCCCCAUGAGAGAGUUUUUGAGAAUCCAGGGGUUGGGGUGGGGGAGCAGGGCAGCCCUGGGGGAUCUUUUUGUGGUUUGGGGCAACUUGGUGAUGGCCCAAAUGCAGACACCUUCUAUUUCUUAGAGAAAAAUAAUUUUAUUCUAUUCUGAACAUAUUUACAUACUAAUUACUU